AUGUUUGACUUGUAUGAAUGACUACGAUUUCCGAAGAAUUUGUGCUGAACCAUUUGUGGAACGAAUAUUGAAUUUGGACGAAGAUAGAAAAAGUGUUUUUGAUUUACUUUUGAUGAUGGCUCUUUAUCGUAUACCGUCUAAAGUAGAUGAUAGAUUGACCUCGGAGUCCUUUUUAUAUGAUGCCGUAACAGAAAUGGGACUAUAUCGAUAUCCUAUUGACCAGAAUACUUUUCAAGUCCUAAUUCCAAAAGUAUUUGUUGGAAUCUUCAAGAAGGACCCUUCCGUAUCUUCUUUGGAAAAGAUACUUCUUGGAUCACUUGAUGUAGAACCAGUAGAUUGUUUCUUCUAUUCAAAGUGUCGUGUAUUUGAAGGAAUUGUUGCUUUACGACUAGUUUUGAUGUUGUCUUCAAAGAAUCGAAAUGAGUUGAGGGGAUUGUUGUGUCAAUUGUCUCCGAUAUGGAAACAAAUGAAACUUCCAAUCAGUACAAUAUCACCUAUUCACUAUAUCAAGUCUGUCGUUAGUUCUAGAGAAACAAGAAAUGAAUCGAACAAGAGUCGAAGAACUUUUGCCAAUACUGAAUGGAAUAAGAUUAUUCGAGAGACACUUUAUUUAGAGACUAUUUACAUUCCUUUGGACGCUACUUCUCAUAGUCCUGAUAUUAUAUUCAAAUUACAAUCUCCUGUGGAACCCAAAGUUCUUACUGUUGGAGUUGCAUGUAAAGGACGUUGGAAGUCGGAAGGAAUUGGCUGGUCAGAUAUUAUAGAUGAAGCCAAGAAAUUUUUAGAUCCUGUUUAUGAUCAAGUCUUAUCCAGUGCAAUGGAUUAUCAUCAUUGUAUGCUUAUUAUCGUUAGUACAAAGUUAUCAUUGAAUGUUUCUAAUGAGUUGGUACCUGAUAAUUGUGAACUUGUUAUUCUUUGUGAAAGAGAUGUGGAAAUGCUGAUUGACGACGAAAUUUUGAAUGGACUUGAAAGAGCAUUUCAUGUUUCUCAUAAUCCUACUUUUUGGGAUUUUGGAUUAGAUUUACUUGAUAGAAUCCGUAACAGUUUCUUAAGUUGGCAAUAGAUUCUAACUCAGUCCUUCCCUUUGUGAUUUGUUUUGAAGAGCAAGUAAACUUUUUUUUGUAUGUUUGAAACUCGGUUACAACUUAUUUGCUUUCACUCUGAGGAUUAUUGUCUUA